AUGGGGAUAUACUUGAUGGAAAAUGGAAAUUACGAGUGUUGUGAUUUUGUGGAAGAACAUAAUCACUCCCUUCAUUUUCUAGGUACCAUGCAUUUUAUGUGUUCCCAAAGGAAGAUUUCAGAGAUACAUUCAUAUGAAAUAGAUUUAGCAGAUGAUUCAAGGAUCAACCCUAAGGCGAUAUUUGAGUUAAUGGGUAGGCAAGCUGGCGGGACAGAGAAUCUUGGCUACAUGUGUCAAGAUCAGAAGAACUAUCUACGAACUAAAAGACAAAAUUCCUUAUCUUAUGGUGAAGCAGGGAGUUUGUUGAGAUAUUUUGAAGAUCAGAGUAGAAAUAAUCCUUUGUUUAUAUACUCAAUGCAGUUGGAUAGUGAUGAACAAAUCACUAAUAUUUUUGGGGCUGAUCCAAAAAUGAGAAAUGACUAUACACAGUUUGGUGAUGUUGUUAGUUUCGACACCACAUUUUGCACUAACAAAGCAUAUAGGCCAUUUGGGAUAUUUGCCAGUUUUAAUCAUCAUAGAGGGGUGAUUAUAUUCGGGGUUGCACUUUUAUAUGAUGAAACGUUUGAAUCUCUUAAUUGGUUAUUAGAAGCAUUCGCGAAAGCAAAUGGGUAG